AACACCAAGAAAAAGCCAACACUGAAAAUCUUCUGUCCAGGAAUGGGGGAGACUACAGGCCUCACAGUCGUGCUUACGGAUCCAGAUGCGCCGUCGAGGGAGGACCCGAAGUGGGGUGAAAUGUGUCACUGGAUUGCUAUCACCAGUGGAUAUGCAUUCAAUCUCGAGCUCAGCAGUGGUGAGGUUGGAACGGACAUUAUAGAAUAUAAACCUCCUGGUCCACCGCCAAAGACUGGUUAUCACCGCUAUGUGUUCCUUCUUCUGGAGGGGGAUAACUCGAACUUGACAGCCCCUGAAGAUAGGCGGCAUUGGGGAACCGGGAAGAAAGGCCACGGAGUCAGAGAUUGGGCCCAGAAGGAGAGCCUUCAAGUAAUAGGAGCAAAUUUCUUCUAUGAGGAGAACAAGAAGCAGUGAAGGAUCAGUCACUCGCGUU